AUGUUUAUGUCUUGCACUAAAAUCAUGUUCAUUAUCAUCUUAUUCUUCUUGUCUUGUGUUGGAUUAUGCAAUGGUGCCAAUCAUAAUACACCCUCUCAAGGUAGAAAAGGACAGUGGCAACUGCUUCUCAACAACACCGGCGUUGUUGGUAUGCAUACGGCAUUAACCUACAAAAACACUGUCAUAAUGUUUGAUCAAACUGGAGGAGGCCAAUCUAGAUACAAACUUCGAAAACGAUUCAACGGAACAUCGUGUAGAACAAACAACAACAACGACUUAACCGAUUCAACAUGCUAUGCUCAUUCUGUUGAGUAUGAUAUCAAUGCCAAUAGAAUAAGACCUUUGAGGCUUGACACUGACCCUUGGUGUUCCUCAGGUUCUUUCCUAAGCAAUGGAACACUUCUACAAACCGGAGGCUAUCGUCAAGGUGCUAAGAGGGUUCGAUUCUAUAGGCCUUGUGGGAAUAAUCAACACUGUGAUUGGAUACAAUCGAGGAAAUCUCUAUCGGAUGAAAGGUGGUAUGCUUCUAGUCAGAUUCUACCGGAACAUGAUAGAGCUGUUCUUGUUGGUGGAAGAAGAGUUUUUACUUACGAAUUUGUCCCGAAAAGUAGUCCUAAUGAAAAAUCUUUCGAACUUCCGUUUCUGCAUCAAACCAAUGACAGAAACUCAGCCGGAAACAAUUUAUAUCCCUUCACUCACCUUUCAUCCGAUGGAAACUUGUUCGUCUUCGCCAACCGCGACUCCAUUUUACUCAACUUGAGACACAAUAGAGUAAUCAAAACAUUCCCUCGGAUUCCAGGAAACGGGUCGAGAAACUACCCGAGUUCAGGAUCAUCCGUGUUACUCCCAUUAGACCAUAAAGACAGGUUCCAGAAAGCUGAAGUUAUGGUAUGUGGAGGUUCAUCCACAGGAGCACUCAAUGCAGCUAAAAACAAAAGGUUCAUUUCAGGUUUAAGAUCAUGUGGGAGAAUGGUGAUCACAGGAAACAAGCACACAUGGGAAAUGGAGUACAUGCCGAAACCGCGUCUCUUACACGACAUGUUGAUUCUACCAACAGGUAAUAUCUUGAUUAUAAACGGUGCUAAACAUGGUUGUGCAGGAUAUGACAAUGCUAGAAACGCGUCGCUUGAGCCUUAUCUUUAUACUCCGAAGAAAAAGCUAGGAAAAAGGUUCACUGUCCUUAAGAAAACAAUGAUACCAAGAAUGUAUCAUUCAUCAGCAACUCUUUUACCUGAUGGAAGAGUCUUAGUUGCUGGUGGUAACCCGCAUGGGAGAUACACUUUUCAAAAUGUAGCAUACCCAACAGAACUUAGACUUCAAGCAUUUGUUCCACAUUACAUGGAAAAAAGGUACCAUACUUGGAGGCCAAGUAACCUGACCAUAGAAAACCAUGCAGUUGGGUAUGGUAAAGAGUUCAAUGUGAGUUUUUUGUUGGGGAGAAGGCCAAGUGAUGAGGUGAGGUUCAGUGUUUAUUCGCCGCCGUUUACUACUCAUGCGUUUGCAAUGAAUCAAAGGAUGUUGAAUCUGAGGUGCAUGAGAAUGGUGAGAAGUAAAGAGGGGAGGGUGGAAGCAGUGUUGGAAGCUCCACCAUCUUCUGUUGUUGCACCUUCUGGUUAUUACUUGCUCACGGUUGUGAAUGGAGGAAUUCCAAGCAUGUCUCAGUGGAUUCAGUUUGCACAUGCCUAG